GGCAGAGAAGAGAGCGCUUCAGACUGUCCGCGCUGCUCCUGCUAGGACUGCUCCUCAUAGGGGAUCAUAUAUUUUCGAAAAACACAAGUCGGAUAAAAAGGAACAGUCUCUCCCAACUUGCUACCCGAGUCUGCUUUGACAUUUUCACACGUAAAAAGGGCUGCGGGGAGAUGGAGAGUGAAAUUAGGGGUGACAUGAAGAGGACCGGAAGACCUGAAGAGUAUAAUUUUCUGUAAAGAAACCAGCAAGGUUUUGCCAUUUCCUUCAGCACUUUAUGGGGACCCUCUCUAUGCCUGAAUCAUCGAGAAGAAUUCUGGAAUGGAAUAAUAUCUAAGCCAAUGGAGUCCCAUGAAGGAUACUGUUCCCUAAUACUGCAAUGUAGUGAAAAGAGACGGUCGCUGGACGCUUGUAAUCUGUGGAUCUGAGGACUCAAGUGUUCGAAUGACCUGCAUUUCUUUGAAAUCCAUUUUAAUUUGAAAGUACAAAAUAAAGAUAUUUUGAAAGAUAAUAGCUACGUAUUUUAGUGUCAAUCAGCUCCAAUAGUUUGGAGUUAGUGAUGAGAUACCCAAGGUUUUUAGUAAGAUUUUAACCUUGUUUUACCAGUUGCAUCCCAAAUUGACCUUGAUAAUGAUACCAAGGCCAUUUCAAUGGUUAUAGGUCCCACGAUCUUCUACUCAAAGGAGCUUGUCCAUUGCAGGAUUUCCCAAGUGAUGUGUUUGAAUUUUUACAAAAAAAUACCAUGUAUGGAUUGAAAUUGUCAAUUUGAAUUCUCAGGGAGUUUUGUAUCAAUAUCAGGCCCACUCCCUUCAACGCCAUACUUGUUUUAGAGAUUGUGGUGCUGCCGUCAACGACGUGAAACUGUGCUACCCAUAAAGCAUAUGGGAAAGCUAGUCUUGGAAAUCUCGAAUGGAGUUUUCCCUUGUACAGUAACAAAAGACAUCUCUGUUACCAGAAUGGAUUUGAUACCAGUGUAGACAGACAGUGGAGAUAAGUCUGGAAAAACUCAAUGGCGAAGAUCACACGGGAAAGAUAAGUCUGUUUCAAAAUGAUUUGUCAAGUUUCUUCUGCAAAGAGAAAAAACAUUCUGCAGUCUUUCUAAAUUCCCCGAAUCAUGGCGUGCCAUGACAUGCCCUGCAUCCUGAGACGGAACUAUUUAAGACAAUUGAAUACUCAAGAAUCUUGUGAAUUAAUCCAAGAGCCCUAGAACAGAAAUCUUGGUUGUCCUUGGUGUGUUUGUUCUUCAACAUUGCUGGCUUGAGGACUCUUUUCACCUCUUCUGUAAUCUCCGUCGUAUGUAGAGCCAAUCAGGAUUUUCCAAAAUGGCUACCUGUUGGAGACUGGGAGCUUGUAGCCUGUUGGUGGCCCUUUGGCUUUUGCAUUGCUGUAGUUGUGGAUGGUCAGAGACCACAAGGACUAAUGGCGUGGCCAAGGGUGAAACGAAGGAGCAGGAGCUCAUGUCCCAUGAACGAGUGAAGAGAGGAUGGGUGUGGAACCAGUUCUUUGUGGUGGAGGAGUACACAGGCACAGAACCACUCUACGUUGGAAAGAUCCACACAGAUUCGGACGAGGGCGAGGGGAACAUCAAGUACACCAUCUCCGGGGAAGGGGCGGGCACGAUCUUCAUCAUCGACGAGCUGACGGGCGACAUCCACGCCACCGAGCGAUUAGACCGCGAGGAGCAGAGCUACUACACCCUCAGAGCUCAGGCCCGGGACCGGCUCACCAACCACCUGCUGGAAUCCGAGUCAGAGUUUGUCAUCAAAGUCCAGGAUAUCAACGACAGUGAACCCAAGUUCCUGGAAGGGCCCUAUAUCGGGAGUGUGGGAGAGCUUUCACAAAUAGGAACAUCGGUGAUGAAGGUCACUGCGUCGGAUGCAGAUGAUCCUACAUACGGGAGCAGUGCCAGGGUUGUGUACAGCGUGCUGGACGGAGAGAGGUUCUUCACAGUGGACAGACAGACAGGACUGAUUCGGACGGCCGUGGCAGAUCUGGACCGGGAGAAGCAGGAUCGCUAUGAGCUGGUCGUCAAGGCAACUGACAUGGCAGGCCAAAUGGGCGGUCUCUCCGGCUCCACCACAGUGACCAUAGUUAUCACAGAUGUUAAUGACAACCCACCACGCUUUCCGCAGAAGAUGUACCAGUUUUCAAUGUCUGAGGGGGCAGCCGUGGGGACGCCGGUGGGGAGGGUGAUCGCCACGGACGCAGACAUGGGGGAGAACACAGACAUGAGCUACCUGAUCAAAGAUGAGGAGGGCGGGGAACUCUUCAAAGUCACCACCGACAGUGACACGCAAGAGGCCAUCAUCACCAUCAAAAAGGCAUUGGACUUUGAGAGCAAGCGCACACACAACGUGGUGGUGGAGGCUGUCAACAAGCACGUAGACCCCCGCUUUUCGGAGCUGGGUUCUUUUCGGGACCAGACCAUCGUGCGGGUCAGUGUAAACGACAUUGAUGAGCCGCCUGUCUUCCACCCUGCUGAGGGAACCAUCUUGGAGGUCCAGGAGGAUGCUAGGCUAGGGGCGGUGGUGGGCACUGUGACUGCCAAGGACCCGGACAUGGAGAACGCACCUGUCAGGUACUCUAUUGACCAGAGUACGGACCAGGAGCAGAUCUUCCACAUUGAUCCAGUUUCGGGUGCCAUCACGCUGGGCAAUAUUCUGGACCGAGAGACGGCUGGCUGGCACAACAUUACUGUGAUGGCAGUGGAAGCAGAUAAUGUAUCCCAGAUAUCCCAUUCGUCAGUGAGUAUUCGUAUCCUGGAUGUGAAUGACAACCCUCCUGAACUGGCCACGCCCUAUGAGGCAUCUAUCUGUGAGGAUGCCAAGCCGGGUCAGUGUCAUGGAAUUGCUGGCCUUACUGACUAGUGCUUCUGCAAUCCCGGCUACAGCAUCUGAUAGGGGGUCACUGUCCGACAUCCCUGCCUGCACUGUGGGAUAAACAAACUGCUUUUAUUUGAGACAGAUGUCUCCCACUACAUAUCAUAUGUCUACAAUUCAUCUUUUGUCAUUCCUUAUCAUUGUAGGCUAAUUAAUACUGUAUGUAUUUACCUUGAUCAUUAUCCACACCAUCACCAUAUCCGUGGGUGUCGGUGGUGGAGAGGGUCAAUCCAAUCAGCUCCUCCCAAGGAGUGUGGUGGAUCUUCGUGCUUGGCCCUCCACUGGUCGCACAGAACAAGAUCCUAUGGUUCGACAAUCUGGACUUUACGGCAGUUUGGAUGUCUCUUUUGCAACUUGUCAGGGCGCUCAUCCAGCCUAAUACUGAAUGCCAUAUUUGUUGUUUUCUACUGGAGUCACUUUUAAGCGUAUAGUAAAUAAAUAGAGCGAGUCACAUCAGUGGCCAGUAUCUCCAGCUCCUCGCUGGCGAAAUUGGUUUGUGUCUUUUUUCCAUCUAUUCUAUGGUGGUUCUAGACUACUAGUCAUACUGAUAACCUUAAAUAGCCCAGUAUUCCAUUCCAUCUAGUUGAAACAAUUGUUUACAAGUCGGGUGAUAGCCCUUCAUUUACCAUGAUGAUAACCCCACUGAAAUGGGCAAGCUGCAGCUGUUAAUUUAAUUUUACUUGUGCAAUGUAAUCCCUGAAAUUGAGUCAAGCUGCCCAACCACCUGCACAAGUAAGAAAUUGCCUAUAUUAGGCUUUGUGCACCCAUAGUUUCAAAUAUGCAAAUUAAAAUAGCUUACGGUCAAGCACUAUCCAGGUUCUAAAUGUCAACUUAAAUUUUAUUCGAUUUGACAGCCAAAGAAAGAUAUUACAAUUUUAAUCUGGGAUAGCCUGCUUUAUGUUUCAAUAACAGAUUUGUAUUCUUAUUUCAUGGUGACAGUGUCCUGUAUGUUAACUUUGACUUUCAAAAUAAAAGUAGUGAGGUUCUUGA